AUGGACAGUAAGGUGAAUUGCAAGGAACAUGUUCUUAAGGUUAACAACCAUGAGCUUGUUGAUAAUGGACAUACUAGCUACUUCUCUAAAAUGCCCCCUGCAACAGCAGAACAACUGACAAUCGCAAAAGUUUUAUCUAGGCCAGAUAACGAUGUAAAUAUCCGGUGCUACGUUGUUCAGCUUCAAGAGUUAACUGAGUGUACAGAAGACCAAGCAGUCACUGCAUUGUAUGACUGCGAAAACAAUAUUGAGAGAGCAGUUGAGCUAGUUCUAGAUCAGUUCCGCUGUGGUGCGACAGAAGAGUGGCACACAACUGUCAGCAAGCGUGGCAAGACAAGGCACUCCCAGUCGGCACCAGAACCCGGGCCGGAUAUGACAGCACCUCAGAAAAAAGCUCCCAAACCGAAACUAGAAAAACAUGUUGAAAAUCAAGAUAAAUUCUCAGGACAAAACGUUUCGGUAUCACCUCCAGUUAACGUCACCAAAAAUUCAAACUCUCACCCCGAAAAGUUCAAGAAACCAGGCACAAAGAAAAAAAAUCCACAUAGAACAGAUGCAGUCGCUAGUGACCGCACCUUCAUUCCACCACAAAGUCGUAGUGAUGAUGUGCUGUGUAACAGUUCGAAGCAGUUACCAGAAAGAAAAAGUAGAGUUGAGUCUGAGGCAUGGGAUCCGUACGCUGACUGUGGCGAGUGGGAAGGGGAUUCAAUCGAAAUAGUUAAUUCAAAUGCAUCCAUUGCCAUGGGUCUGCAGGAAGCAGUAUCCUUACCACCAGAACUUUUUCAUGACAGUCCAAGUUCGGAAAAAAACUUAAACGCAGAUUACAAUUCGCACGUUGAUGCUGUCCAAAACCUAACUAAAGAUCCAGAUGCUUUGGACGCAGAAGCAUUGUUUGCGUCAUUUGCCAAAAGUAAACCACCUCCUCGCGCGUUUACUGGAAAGCUAGAGACAUCAUUAUUUUUUGCCCCGGAAUUGUUGCCUAGUGAGCAAUUUAACUGGAAACCGACUUUCGGUGGUGAGUGUCCUGGUUCACAGUUUAAUACCAAUACAACUGCAAUUCUGAGUCCUGGACAGAUUAGCAGUAAUACAGACGAACCACUUCGGUCACAAAAUGACUCUCGAAAUGUCCAAACAUCCACGGACCGACCUGAUCGCAGUCCGAAGCAGUUUUCGUUCCCACAAAUAUCCCAACAAUCACAUUCCAACGAUUUUGAACUUAAGAACGCGUCAUUAGGCGUUCUUUUAGAUCCUCCACCUAAAACAGAGGAAAAAAUAAGCAAUGUUCCCACUGACUAUCCAUCGCGACACUACGAUGAACAAAUGGUUUCCAAAGUAGCACUUUCAUAUCCGAUAAAUCAUAAUAAACAGACACCCUCCAUGGUUGCCAGAACUACCAGUGAUAAACCCAGCUAUUUGGAGCCAAAUAUUAAGAACUAUCUUUUGGAUGGUCUGCCGGAUAACAUGAACAAAAUGAACGUUGGAGAGGUCACUGGACAAAGCACAAAAGAUCAGCUUUUUAUUCAGAAUAAUGCACAAUCAUCUCUAGCCCCCUUUACUCAUGGUCAAAAUGAGCAACACAUGAUUCCUCACUUGAAUAAAAUACCCGCCUCGCAUGCUAGCACCCACGUAUCUGGGCACACACAACAAGUUAACAAUUCUCAGGCGACUCAUCUUCCUCCAGGUAUGCCACACUUCAUCAGUCAGUUUGCUCCACCUGCUUAUCAUAUGUUCAAUUUACCAGGCGGUUCUAGUACAACUCCUGCUAUUUUCGAUCUUGAUCAUUUGCAGCUCUUGCAACAACAGAGGAUGCUUUAUGAUAUGCACUUACAGCACCAGGCUGCCACUACCGCUCAAAGUCUUCUUACAGCGAAUGUAGAUUCCUCAGCAUCAGCAAAACCCGUCAGUCACAAUUUAUCAAAUCCAAUGGGUCAUGUUACUGCUCCAAACACAGGAAUGCGACCGGACAUGCUGACAACUGCACUUGGGCACACUCCACAGAUGAUGACACCUGGACACCCUUAUUUUCCUUAUCCCGGUUUUGUCCUCAUGAAUGGUUAUCCAAAUCCAUUUUUAAACCAACAACAACCAAAUUCAGACAAUCCCCAAGUUCAGAAUCCUGGUCAGUGUGCAUCACCAAUUACUCAGCACCAAUCCCAGCUAAACCAAGCUCAAUCUUAUAAUAAUCUCAAACAACUGGGUAAUGGAGUUGGAAACUAUGAAGAUUUGUUAGAUGUCAAGUAUGGUGACCCAUCCAAACAAGUUGGUUUCAAAACCAGCUCAAACCCACCCAACUAUAGUUCAUUUCAAUCUCAAGGAAUGUCGUUAGAUUCUGUCGGUGGAAAGUUAUCUUCUGCCUCUCAUUCCAACAACGGAUCUCUGGUUCAAAACUUUAACCAUGGAAAUAGCAAUUCUCAUGCACAGCACUUUUCACCACAAUUUUACGCAUCUGUGUCGGGUUCACCAUACAUGAACACAGUUGCUGCCGCUGUAGCUGCAGCAGCUGCUGCUAAACAUGGACCCAAUAACAGCUCUACUGUCAGUACAAAUCAAUCUAAUCCAAAUAUCGGUGUUGCUACCAACCAAGCUGGCGCUGUUACUGGGCAAAACCAAAUACAUUUACCUGGGACCCCGUCUCAAGGAAUGGUCUUGGGUAAUGCAGGUCAAAGUUUACAUCACCAACGUGCUCCAAUUCCACACGCACAACACUGA